UGCUUUUCAGAAACGAAAAAAAUAAAAUAAAAAUAAAAAUUACUACUAUACAUACAGAUAGAUACAGCGCCAUUGUUGUGUUGAUCGGAGCGGAGCCCUAACCGUCGCCGGCGAGCUCAGUUUCGCACAGGAACUCUACACGGACUGAUACGAUUCAGUAUUUGUAGACUGUGACGGCGGCGUCGGCGUCGGUGUCGGUGGUGUUGGUGGCGUGAAGGUGUUGGAGGUGUUCCAAUUGCUGUAUGUCAGUAGAUUGCGACACGCAUUACGGCGGAAUCGGUGAGCUUGCGAACCAGUUACAAUGGCCACAACUAAGGAAAAAGCGACGUCUGCAUCUCCGACUCCGGCGACGGUUGCCUUCCGCGGACACGCUGCUGCUGCCGGAGAUCCGUCCGCCGUAGUACGCCUCGAGUCUGCCUCCGCCUCCGCGGCUGGUAACUGGACUGUACCUUCUGCGGCUGAUGAAGAUCAGGGCAAGAAGGUUGCUUCUGUGGCUGCUUUGAUUAGAUCCGAGCCUUCGUCGAAUCCUACCACUAAAGGGAUUCCGAUUAUGACAAGGGCUCAAACCAAACAUCCUCUGGAUCCUUUAUCUGCUGCCGAGAUCUCUGUUGCUGUAGGAACUGUGAGAGCAGCUGGAGCAACACCUGAGGUCAGAGAUAGCAUGAGAUUUAUUGAAGUGGUUCUGUUGGAACCAGAGAAACAAGUGGUGGCACUGGCAGAUGCAUAUUUCUUCCCCCCUUUUCAACCAUCGCUGUUGCCUAGAACAAAGGGAGGGCCUGCGAUUCCGAGUAAGCUACCGCCAAGGCGUGCUAGACUGGUCGUCUACAAUAAAAAGUCCAACGAGACUAGUUUAUGGAUUGUUGAGUUGACAGAAGUACAUGCAACGACUAGAGGUGGCCAUCAUCGAGGAAAAGUCAUUACCUCUACUCUCGUCCCUGAUGUUCAGCCUCCAAUGGAUGCUACAGAAUACGCUGAAUGUGAAGCCGUCGUAAAAGAUUAUCCUCCAUUUAUAGAGGCAGUGAAGAGGAGAGGUGUUGAUGAUAUGGAUCUAGUCAUGGUUGAUCCAUGGUGUGUUGGUUACCACAGUGAGGCUGAUGCUCCUAGUCGUAGGCUUGCAAAACCACUUAUAUUUUGCCGAACAGAGAGCGACUGCCCACUGGAAAAUGGUUAUGCACGCCCCGUUGAAGGAAUCCACGUGCUUGUUGAUAUGCAAAAUAUGAAUGUAAUUGAGUUUGAAGAUCGUAAACUUGUUCCUCUACCCCCAGCCGAUCCUCUAAGAAACUAUACUCCCGGUGAAACCAGGGGAGGGGUAGAUAGAAGUGAUGUUAAACCCCUUCAAGUUCUUCAGCAUGAAGGUCCAAGUUUCCGAGUCAAUGGACACUAUGUUGAGUGGCAGAAGUGGAAUUUUCGAGUUGGUUUCACCCCGAGAGAGGGUUUGGUCAUUCAUUCUGUUGCCUAUGUCGAUGGUAGUCGCGGAAGAAGACCUAUAGCCCACAGGUUGAGUUUUGUGGAGAUGGUUGUGCCGUAUGGGGAUCCUAAUGAUCCACAUUAUCGAAAAAAUGCAUUUGAUGCUGGAGAAGACGGCCUUGGGAAGAAUGCUCAUUCUCUUAAGAAGGGAUGUGAUUGUUUGGGAUUUAUAAAGUACUUCGAUGCUCAUUUCACCAAUUUUACUGGAGGAGUCGAGACAAUAGAGAAUUGUGUAUGUUUGCACGAAGAAGAUCAUGGGAUCCUCUGGAAGCAUCAAGAUUGGCGAACUGGUAUUGCAGAAGUUCGACGUUCAAGGCGCCUCACUGUUUCGUUUAUUUGCACUGUCGCAAAUUACGAAUAUGGAUUCUACUGGCACUUUUACCAGGAUGGGAAAAUUGAAGCUGAAGUUAAACUUACCGGCAUUCUUAGUUUGGGGGCGUUGCAGCCUGGAGAAUCGAGAAAAUAUGGGACGACUAUUGCACCAGGAUUAUACGCCCCGGUUCAUCAACACUUUUUCGUUGCUCGUAUGGACAUGGCUGUCGACUGUAAGCCCGGAGAAGCACACAAUCAGGUCGUUGAGGUGAAUGUGAGAGUCGAAGAACCCGGAAAGGACAAUGUCCACAACAAUGCAUUCUACGCGGAGGAAACUUUACUUCGAUCUGAAUUAGAAGCCAUGCGCGAUUGCGAUCCAUUAUCCGCUCGUCAUUGGGUUAUAAGGAACACUCGAACUGUCAAUCGGAGCGGCCAACUGACUGGUUACAAACUAGUACCCGGUUCGAAUUGCUUGCCGUUGGCUGGUCCGGAGGCUAAGUUUCUGCGAAGAGCUGCUUUUUUGAAGCACAAUUUAUGGGUUACACAGUAUGCGCGCGGCGAGGAUUUCCCCGGAGGCGAGUUCCCUAACCAAAAUCCCCGCGUCGGCGAAGGGCUGGCUUCUUGGGUGAAGCAAAACCGGCCCCUCGAAGAAAACGAUAUUGUUCUAUGGUAUGUUUUCGGGAUUACACACGUUCCUCGUCUAGAAGACUGGCCUGUUAUGCCCGUCGAACGUAUCGGGUUUAUGCUUCAGCCGCAUGGGUUCUUUAAUUGUUCGCCUGCUGUGGACGUUCCGCCGAAUAUUUGCGAGAUGGAUGGGAAAGAAGGCGACGUGAAGGACAGCAGUGUGUCUAAGCCGAGUUCGUCGGGCUUAAUAGCGAAGCUCUGAAGGUAUGCAAUGAAGUAAGUCUUUCAUCGUUUUAAUAUUUGCUAUAUUUACCGAGUGUGCGCUGAAUAAUAAAGGCAAGUCGGCGUCAUCAUCGUCGUUAUGUUCCUUGCCGAACAUGUGUGCUGGACUUUACCCCGUUGUUUAUGUUUUGGUCGUGUGUUGCUAUCUCGUUAUGUUGUUUGCUUAGUGUAACUUGUAUUCGAAUGUUGUCGUUGUUGUUUCGUUGUCUUGGCUUCGAUCUUUGCCAUGUUUCAUGUAAUAUUAGGGUUGAUUGUUUCGAAUAAUAAUAUUUUAAUAUUUAAUUGA